AUGGAUCGCAUCCUCGAUACCGGCUUAUCCGUUGCCUACGAGCCAGAUGACUGCUCUGCAGUCGUCGACAUUGUGUUCGUUCAUGGCCUACAUGGCCAUCCAUACAAGACAUGGACUUACCACCCCAGGACCCUUAAAGGGCUCAAAGCGCCCGCCGCAAAAAGCGUAGCCGCUUCUACACUAUCCCAGAGAAAUGAUGAGCAGGUCGCAUCUGUAUUCUGGCCCAUCGAUCUGAUCUCAAAGGAUUGUCCGAAUUCACGUAUCCUGCUGUUCGGGUAUGACAGCAAGAUAACGAAAUACAAACGGGGCGCGAUAAACUGGAACAGCAUACUCUCACAUAGCAAAGACCUUUUGUUUGAUUUGGUCAGAGAAAGGCGUUCUAAUCGCCCGUUGGUGUUUGUUGCUCACAGCCUCGGCGGGGUUGUCGUGAAGCAAAUGCUUGCGGAAUCAUCAUCCCCCCCCGGCGCUUUUCACAACGAGAUCGUCAAGUCUACUGCGGCUGUAGUCUUCCUUGGCACACCACACCGCGGUAGUCAAGGCGUGGCAACAUUCGGCGAAGUGCUGCGAUCUUUCGUUGGUUCCUUGGGCAUGGAAACCACGCCCGUCAUCCUUGAUGCUCUUCGCAUGAAGACUACUGAUCUAGAACGGGCGCAAGAGGGUUUCUCGAAGGUCUGGCAAAAAUACGACUUCAAAGUCAAGACGUUUCAAGAAGGACUUAGCUUAUCGAAGCUUGGGAGGAAAGUGGUUCCCGAUUAUUCGUCGUUGAUUGGUGACCAUCGCGAACAUGCUGAGACGUUGCAAGCCAAUCAUCUGGAGAUGUGUCGGUUUUCAGGACCGGAUGACCCAAACUACCGCAAAGUAUCUGGAGAGCUUCGUUCGGUAUACCACUCAAUUGCGCGGCUCAGAGUUGUCGACAUUUCAGCAAGCAGGCAUCUCCAACGAACUCAUGGGCCUGAAGUGAGUGCCGUCUCCUAUCACGGGCCUCCCAAUGCAGUUGACAAUAGUCAACCUCCCGAUGCCUAUCUCAUACCUCUGUGGUUCCCUGCUAUAUAUGCUCGGCUCCGGAGCGUGAGAAAUCCCGCCCCUCAGACCGGUUUAUGGUUGUUUGAGCACGAAACAUACCAGGGCUGGUUCAGCGGCAGGAGUAGACAUGAGUAUCGUGGACUCCUAUGGUUGAAGGGGAAACCAGGCUCAGGCAAGUCGACUUUGAUGAAAGAGGCUUUCCGCCGCGCCGCGCUGGGGCAGGUCGAAUCAGAUUACACUACUGCCGCCUACUUUUUCAACGCUAAUGGAGAUGAACUUGAACACUCCACUCUUGGCCUCUUCAGGUCUUUACUCUACCAGAUCUUGAGCCGGGACGAGCAAUCUCUUCAACGGUUCCGCACAUUCGCGGACGAUACGUGGGAAUUUGGAAGACGCGAUGGACCUCACCGCACGAGUUGGAGAGACGACGAUCUGCAGUAUUUUUUUCAGUCAUUGGUCGACAGUGAGACAAAGAAGACGUUCAUAUUCAUUGACGCUCUCGAUGAAUGUGAUGAGUGCAGCAUACGAUCAUUGGCGUAUCUUUGGCGGAGUACAACCAUAUACGCCUACGAGGCUGGAUUUGAUCUCAAUGUCUGUGUCUCUAGCAGGCAUUUCCCCACCAUCACCGUGACUGAUUGUGCGGAAGUCAUUGUUGAUCAACACAACAGUGAUGACAUUACAAAGUAUGUGGAUCAAAAACUGAACGUCUGUAUGUCCACUCAGAGAUUACAGUGGGAAACCCUGAGGAGGACCAUUCUUGAUAAGGCUGCUGGUGUGUUCCUUUGGACCGUCCUUGUAGUGGAGGAUGUGCUGAAGAACUGGGAUAAUGGCAGCGAAUUGCCGUCCCUGACCAUGCAGGUGAAGAAUGUGCCAGAAAAAUUGGAAACCCUCUUUUCCAACAUGCUCUCUGGCCUUGAACCAGAAGCCAAGCAGUUGACAGUUAGGUUCUUCCAGUGGGCUAUUCUAGCCACGAAACCCCUUCGCCUCCAUGAGUGGCACCACAUCAUGGCCUUCAUUCGGCAGCCCGCGUCUGAGUCACUCACGGAGUGGCGUCGUCAAUCGGCCCAUUUCACUGAGAGCGAUGAACAGCUUGAGAAGCAAAUCCGGAGUUUGUCUAGAGGCUUGGUAGAGGUAAAGAAGGUAUGGGAAGUCGAUACACAAGAGAUGGAAGUCAUUUCCACACACGGAAGAGCAGGUUCGCUCGACUUCGAGCAAGGCGAUACCAGGCUCGUCCAAGUUAUACACGAAACAGUGCGUGACUUUUUCGCGAAAGGCAGGGGAUUUGCUAUUCUUGACCCGCAUUUACGGCAAAAUCCAAUCGGCAACGGCCACCUAUCAAUAAUGACCACUUGUCUGGAUUACAUUCACAUCAAAGAGCUUGAUGCUCUCGUUGAGGCUCGG